GUGACGCGAAACGCGGAAGUGUAUUCAGGCCGUGUCUCCAACGGAUGAGUUUUCUUUCUGUCUUGCUUUUUCAGCGUGUUUAUCAAACUUUAAAUAAAGUCCGUUCAACGCCAGAACGCUUCCUAAAUGUUUCUGGUACAAGCUGUGCUGUAGUUGAGUUUAUAACCGUCAUCAUGAGCAACUUUGGGGACGAGAGUGAUUCUGAAGUGGAUCGGAUCAUGAUGGACCGGCCACCCAGCAGUUAUGGCUCUAUGCAGAGUGAUGAUCACGAAGAUGAACUGGACGAGUUUGAAGAACCUCCGCUCAAACUGCAAGCAACGAGGGUCAGGCUUAACCGCCCGGAUUCGCCGGAGACGGUAUUUACUGAACGCACGAACACGAACCAGUCCAGCGUAUAUAAAGACGGCCUGGUCCUCAGAACGCAGACCUUCAUGCGCGCGGAGGAAUCUCACGCCCUGCACAGCAUUAACAGAGAGCCGUCGAUCGUGGAGCCGUCCGAGCUGCAGAGCGACAUACAGACAGAAGCGGCGAUGGAUGAGGAGCCGAACUACAGAGAUGAGGAGAACAAUGAGAGAGACGCGCAGGAGCAGCGGAACGAAAGCGCUGCGAUGGAGCAGGAGGAGGCCACCAAAGAGGAGGAGGAGGAGGAUUUUGAUGAAAUUGUUGUAAGUUACGCUGAGCCGAUAGAUCCUCCUCCUCCUCCUCGGGAAGGCGAUGGACUACAGUUUCAGCACCUGCACGGCUCCCUCACCCUGCAGCAUGUGCUAAGACAAAUGGUGGGGUGUCUCUCCCAGUUCCACCCGGCGGAGAUCUCCUAUUUUAAGCGCUCUCUGAGCACUCACUGCAGAUUCAGGAAGAACUACCCGAGUAUUGCGGAUCUUCAUGACCCGCUGGAUCUGGUCGAUAAAAUGAUCGAGGUGUGCGGGCUGGGAGAAGCUCUGCAUCUCACCAUACGAGCCAUACAUAACGUGGGGAAGGAGGAUCUGUCCGUUUACCUAAGGAAGACCUGUAGAAGAGCCGUGUUGCAGCAUGACCUGAUAUUAGCCCACGAGCGGCGCUAUUACUCUCUCUACGAAGGCCGGUGUCGUCCGGGUCGGCAGCGCUACAUCAGCGACGUCUACGUCGAGCCCGUAACGGUGAUCCGAGGCAGCAGGGAGCCCAUCAACCUGGAGAACGAGGUCCAGCGCGUACCGUAUACCAUCGAGGAGACCCAAAUCAGGGCCGCCGACAUCUUUCGGCCCCUUCCUCACGAACAGAAGCCCAUCCGUACCGUCAUGAUGACGGGAGUUCCCGCCAGUGGCCUAACGGUGGCCGUGAAUAAGGUCAUCAUCGAUUGGUUGGAGAAGAAAACCAAUCAGGAUUUUCAACUAGUCUUCCCUUUGCCGGCAAAAGAGCUGCACCUUGGGAAAGACGAACACCAGAGCUUCCUAGAGAUGCUCAGUUGCUUUUUCGCCGAAGCCGAAGACAUUAAGUUCAUCGAGAAGCCCGACUGCUUGAGUCUCUUCAUCAUUGACGCUCUAGAACUUUGCAGACACGAUCUGGACUUCAAAAACAACAAAGUCAUCUCGAGCGCCAGGGUGAAAGCGCCGCUGGACGCCCUUCUCACCAGCCUGAUAAAAGGCACAUUGCUUCCCAACGCUCGAGUUUGGAUCACCAGCCACGUCUCCGCCGCCCACCGCAUUCCUCCGCAGCUAAUCGACCGCUACGUGGAGUUAAGAGGUUUCACGGACGAGAAGAAGGAAGAGUAUUUCACCAAGAGAACCAGCGAAACCGAGCUCGGGAGGAAGGUGUACAACCACAUGAAGCGCUCCAAAGCCCUCGAGAUCAUGUGCCACCAUCCUCUCUUCAGCUGGAUGGUGGCGUUCAUCUUCGAACGGGGGUUUCGAGAUCCCGAGUACGGCAAACACCCGCCCGGCAUCACAGCGUUUUAUUCGCAGUUCAUCGUGGUGCAGAUGAACCGCGCGUUCGAGAAGUACCGCGGCUGCAGCGUCGAGGCGCAGAAGUGGAAGGAGGAAGACAAGACGUUCAUUGAGAUGAUGGGGAAAAUGUCGUAUAAGAUGCUGCUGGACGGCCGGGACAGGUUUACGGUGGCAGAUCUGGCCGCCGUCAACCUGACGUACGAAGAUUUGCGCGACCGCGAUGAAUUAACCACUGAGGUCAAACGGAGGAACGAGAACGUUCAAACGUGGAUAUUUAAGUUCGUUCACUUUACCGUUCAGGAAUACAUGGCCGCCAUGUACGCCUAUGUGGCGUUUAGGAAAGAUGGCAAAAACGUGAUCGAGCCAAGCAAAAUGUCGUGGCUAACGGGCUCAAAUAAGGAUCGGCCCGUGAUUGAACUGUACCGCCCCGCCGUCGACCGCGCUCUGGCCUCUCCGAACGGUCAUCUGGACAUGUUCCUGCGGUUCCUGGUCGGGCUGGUGACUCCGGGAACUGAGGACAACCUGCGCGGAUACCUGCUCAAUCACUACCACCCCAAAGCCAAGGGCACGGAGGAAGUGGCCAAGUACAUCAACAAAAAAAUGAGAGACGGCGUCCAUCCCGACAGGAGGAGGAAUCUGGAGUUGUGCCUGGUGGAGCUGGAGGAAGGCAAAGAGGAAAGAUGAGGAGAAGCGAAGGGUUCAGUCUGUUGGGAUUGUGCAACACUAAACUAAACGCAGUGUCUCGCAGGAACGACUCUGUUAAAGGGAUGGUUCACCCACGUCGUUGUUUACACUACUAGUCAAAAGUUUGGAAUAAUUUGGAUUUUUGGUGUUUUUUUUUGUUUUUUAAGGAAAUCUCUUCCAAGGAUGCAUUUAUUUGAUCAAAAACACAAAGUAAUAUAAAAUUUUAUGUCCAAUAUAAAA